AGGGCAGCUCUGUGUUGGGGUCUCCGUUUCUGAAGGGCUUCUUGGCCGGCUAUGUGGUGGCCAAGCUCCGCUCCUCGGCCUUCCUGGGAGUGCUGCUGGGAACAGCCACUGGUAUUUACGCAGCACAGAACUACCAGGUGCCUAACGUUGAAAGGACCAUUAAAGAGUUUAUGAACGGACUGAAAAAGGGGCCAAAGUGA